AUGCCGCCCGCGCUCGAGCCCGCGCCGAAGAGCCAGCACGACCUGCGGUGCGCGUCGUCCGUCCGCGUCCCUCCUCGCGGCCGCGCCUCCCCGUCCGUCGCGCGACGGCGGGCGGACGCGACCUCGCGGUUCUGUUCUCGUCGUCGCCAGAUCUGGGCACCCUCCUCCGGGUCCGCGCGCGCGCUUCUCAUCGACGCCCGCGUCGAUCUAAACCCUCUUCCUCCCUCCUCUCCUCGCCCCAGGCUGGACGUGAUCAUCGAGUUCCUCACCGCGGCGACGCACCACGUGCUGUAUCACCGAGGCGUGUACCCGAGAGAGCUCUUCGAGACGCGCGCGCUGUACGGCAGCCGAGUCAUGCGAUGCCGCCACCCGGAGGUGGUGUCCUACGUCGAAAACGCGAUCGGCGCGCUGCGUCGUCCGAUCGCGCGCGGGGACGUCAAGCGCGUCGUCGUCGUCGUGAAGGACGGCGAGACGCGCGGAGGGGGAGACGUCGGCGGCGGCGGCGGCGGCGGCGGCGGCUCCGGGGGUAGGGGUCUCCCCGUGGAGCGCCACACGUUCGACUUCGCGCUGAACGUGCGGCGUUCGGACCGGCCGCCGACGCGGCGGGACGUGGACGCGUUGCAAAAAGGCCUCUGCGCGACGCUCUCGAAGAUCGCGUUCUCGGACGUCACGCUGCCGCUGCUGCCGAGAGGCGCGAGCGCGUGCGCGUUCGAGAUCGUCGCGUACGCGGGGAGGUCCGGGAUCGCGGAGGAGCUCGGGUCGGGGGAGUGGAGCGAGGAACGCGUGGACGACGGCGCGGGCGGCGGGGGCGGGGGCGGCGGGGACGGAGGAGGAGGAGGAGGAGGAGAGAGAGACGCUGUCGUCGGCGAGAUGGACCCCGCGCUGGAGUUCCCGAGGGACGGCGACGUCCGGGAGGUGUAUCCCGUGAAGAGCGUGCGCUCGAACGACUUGAUGAGCUUGGACGUGUUCGUCGAGCGGCGGAGGGAGGCGUCGUAGGUUGGUCGUGAGUGAUUUUCACUUUUUUCUGCUCCCGUCCCGUCGUUCUCUCUCCGCUCGCGCCGCCUCUUCCUCCUCCUUCGCUCGCGCGAAAUUCACUCACUCACCGGGGCGAAGGCAUCUCUUCCUGCUUCUCCCCAACCUCGCCCUCGCCCUCGCCUUCGCCCGACUCCAUCUUCGCGACGACGUUGUUCUCGCCGCUCUCCUCCGCGUCGCGCGCAUCGCCGCCACCCGCCGCC